AGGGAAGGCAUGAGUGGCAGACCCGAAGCAAGGCAGUGGGGUAAGUGUGGACCUUUGUGUAGAAGAGAGAGCAUCAUGGUGGCCUUCAAAGGGGUCUGGACUCAAGCUUUCUGGAAGGCAGUCACAGCGGAAUUUCUGGCCAUGCUUAUCUUCGUUCUCCUCAGCCUGGGAUCCACCAUCAACUGGGGUGGAACGGAAAAGCCCUUACCGGUCGACAUGGUUCUCAUCUCGCUUUGCUUUGGGCUCAGCAUUGCAACUAUGGUACAGUGUUUUGGCCACAUCAGCGGUGGCCACAUCAACCCUGCCGUCACCGUGGCCAUGGUGUGCACCAGGAAGAUCAGCAUCGCCAAGUCUGUCUUCUACGUCGCGGCGCAGUGCCUGGGCGCCAUCGUUGGAGCCGGGAUUCUCUACCUCGUCACGCCUCCCAGUGUGGUGGGGGGCUUGGGGGUCACUACGGUUCAUGGAAAUCUUACUGCUGGUCAUGGUCUUCUGGUGGAGUUGAUAAUCACAUUUCAGUUGGUGUUUACUAUUUUUGCCAGCUGUGAUUCCAAACGUACUGAUGUCACUGGUUCGGUAGCUUUAGCAAUUGGAUUUUCUGUUGCAAUUGGACAUUUAUUUGCAAUCAAUUACACUGGUGCCAGCAUGAACCCUGCCCGAUCCUUUGGACCUGCAGUUAUCAUGGGAAAUUGGGAAAACCACUGGAUAUAUUGGGUUGGACCAAUAAUAGGAGCUGUCCUCGCUGGUGGCCUUUAUGAGUAUGUCUUCUGUCCAGAUGUUGAAUUCAAACGUCGUUUUAAAGAAGCCUUCAGCAAAGCUGCCCAGCAAACAAAGGGGAGUUACAUGGAAGUGGAAGACAACAGGAGUCAGGUAGAGACGGAUGACUUGAUCCUAAAAUCUGGAGUGGUGCACGUGAUUGACAUUGACCGGGGAGAGGAGAAGAAGGGGAAAGACCCGUCGGGAGAGGUGUUGUCUUCCGUAUGACUAGAAGACAGCACUGAAAGCAGACAAGCACCCUUAGAACUGUCCUCGGAUUUCCUUCCACCGAUUAAGGAAACAGAUUUGUUAUAAAUUAGGCAUGCGCAGGGUUAUCGUUUCCUAUCUCAUUAUUCAGCUCAGACAAGAAAUAUUUCACUAUUCUACCAACGAGGAAUGGAAGAAACUUAUUGUGAAUUCCAAAUCUAAAAAAGAGGCCUUUAAAGUGUCCCCGAAGCAAAGAGGUAUCUAGUUUAUCUUGUUGCCAUUCACUAAUUAUCAAUUUAAAAUGUGUAUGAAGAUUUGGUUAAGUCUUGCCUGACAGAACUUAUAGACAUACCUACCAGCUUAUUCCUUCUCUACCAUGAAACUGGUAUUGUCGAUCCUUGUUUGAGUAUUUAUUCCACUAAGUCAAGACAAUGUGUCACAGAAUCGUGCAUAUUCAACGGAGGAAAUAUAACAAGCUCUUUUAUGGGCAAUCCCUUCUUAUAAACUACCUCGGCAAAAGAAUAUUAACAAGGGUCAUUGCUAAUGACUUGUUUCCAUUUAUAUUUCAAAUACCCACCUGUCAACCUGAGCUCCAAUUCAUAAUAUUUCUUCCUCUUCCUCAGUGCCCAGAGUAAUGUGGAAAGCUCAGAAAUUUGCAGAAUCUUCAGAAACCCUGGACAUUUGUUAGUUCUAUCUGAUAAAACAUCCAAAUCAUAAGAAAUACCUAUUGAGAUUCAAGACAAACAUAAUCAUAAGACCUUAUGGGAGUGGAGGAAAAAUUACCAUUACAAAAAAGUCAUAAGGAAAGAGGAAAUCUAUAUUCUGGAAUUAAAUAAUUGAUCUGUUUUCAGUGCACAUCCUCAAAUACACCACAUAAGGUUAACAAUCUACGCUUUUAACCACUUAACCAUUUUGCUUAUUUUUUUCUAAUUUAUUGGCAAAACUGGGGGUUUUGUUUGUGACUUUGGUUAUCUAUAUUUAAACAUUAGCUGAGAUUUCUUUUUGAUAACAACAACAUAACUAGCUGAAUCCUGACUUUUUGUUAUUAAGCUCUGCUCACUCUGAAAGAUAUAAGCUGGCCCUCCCGGCCCCCAUUUCUGCACUCUCUCACUUCUCACGAGAUUUGUUAAUAAUCUUCACCAUGCCUGGGAUGAUAUUUUAAUGAAUUAAGAUGCAUGGAAGACAAGGAAGGCCAUGGUUGCAGACUAGAGCGAGAGGACAUCAGAACAGUCUAGAUUCAAAGCUGACUAGAUGAGCAAUGGUUUAUUUGUAGAGAUAUUGUGUGCCAUAAUGAAACACAUUUUUAAAGUAUUUUCAUUACUGACUCGUUUGUCAAAAUGCUUGGCUCUUCCUGUACUGCUGUGCCUUAAGUUGGUAGAAAGGUCUCUGGAAACCCCAGUCUCUAUGAUCUUAACCAUCUAGGCUAGACUUUAUCUUAGACAAGGAGCUGCAAAUGUCAAUUUUACUAAACAGAAGCUAGUAGUAGUGGAGGAAAAAUCCAUCACUGCAAAGAAUGGCUUCAAAUAAGCUGAUAAUCAAGGGCUUUCUUCUCCCACGCAUCGUGUCUGUUCUAACUGUGUGCCACUUUUUAGUGUUACUGGCAGUUGUGUGUCUGUGGCAGUCAGAUAAUGGACCACUGUUAAGCCUGAUUCUCUUCGGUGCUAGGAAAGUGAAGCUCAAGGUUCCCAAGGAGUCAUCACACCAGUGCAGUGCCUAGGAGUACCAUUGGUGGGUUUUUUUAUGGCAGAUUCCUAAAUCCCAAGCCCCUUUCUCAGAUGGAUGGCCAACCACACCCUCCACCAGUGAGGCCCAACCUUUCCUGUUUGGAGCUGCUUCUAUAGGAAGUGGAGUGAGAUUCUAAGGGUGGUUUGUACUUUUUCUUUUCAAAUGUUUGCACAAUAUACCACUUAAGGCUUCAAAUCAAGGUGGGGAGGGGGGCAGUGGUGUGUAGCCCAAAAGAUAAUUCUGUCAGCCAGCAGUAAACAUGUCAGCUCAAAAAUAAGCGAGGUUAACAAGGGAAAGUUAAACAAAUUUUUUUUAAUACGCUUACAAUUUACUGGCUUACAAUCAUUUUUAUUCAGCCAUAUGGUUUACUUCUUAUGCGCUCACUUUUAUACUCACUUCCAGUUAGAGUAUUUAAUAAGUUAGUGCUGUAAUUUAAAAAAAAGGCAUGAAUGAUGUUUUUGUAGUUUG